UGUUACUAGUUAGCACCACCUCGCCAGUACCAGGAUGAUUUCCGAUGAUCGAAAGAAGCAAGGGCAUUGUGGUCAUAAUGCAACUAAGCAAGCUUCUUGUUCCGGGAAAGGCACUUUCUCAGCGGUUCCUCUCACGUUUCUGUUUCAGACACUCCAACCAGAUUCCAAACUCCAAUUUUUAUGUUUCCUUUUUUCUUCCAUUUUCCCAAACCACAUUGUUCUUCUCCGCCGAUUCCAUGACUGCCGGGGCAGUGGCGACGGCAGCCGGAGCGGCGGUGAUGCUGUACCUCGUAUUCCGGCGGAGGAGGAAGGCCGAAAAGGAGUGGUCGAGGUCGCGGACGACGUGGAGGUUGAAGCCAGCUCAGGCGCCGGCGAAUAUGUUAGAAUCGAUUGCGACGUUAUCGGAGACGUUGAGGUUCACUUACUCGGAGACUAUUGGGAAAUGGCCAAUCGCCGACUUGGCCUUCGGCAUCAAUUACUUGAUGCGCAAACAGGGUGAUUUGGCAGUUGCGAGUGUGUAUGGUGGAAGCAGUUGUGUGGAGCUGAAAGGCCCUGGAGUUGUAGAUGAGUUACAAGAGCUUUUGAGGUUGUUGACUUUGUGCAUGCUUUUCUCCAAGAAACCGUUUCCCGAGUUUUUAGAUUCUGCCGGAUUCUCUCUAGACCAUGUUCUUCUUCACAACCCCGAAGCUGGGCUUCUGAAGCCCGCUUUCACAAUUAUACAUGAUACGCAGUCAAAAUGUUUCCUUCUAUUGAUCCGGGGAACCCAUAGCAUAAAAGACACACUGACAGCUGCAACUGGUACUGUGGUUCCCUUUCACCAUUCCAUUUUAAAUGAUGGAGGAAUAAGCAACUUGGUUUUAGGAUAUGCACACUGUGGUAUGGUUGCUGCAGCUCGUUGGAUUGCAAAACUCUGCACUCCUACACUACUUAAAGCCCUUAAUAAAUGUCCAGACUCAGAAGUCAAGAUUGUUGGACACUCACUUGGUGGUGGUACUGCAGCACUAUUAACAUAUAUUCUUAGAGAACAAAAAGAGUUAUCUUCAAGCACCUGUGUCACAUUUGCCCCAGCUGCUUGUAUGACAUGGGAGUUAGGUGAAUCAGGGAAGCACUUCAUCACUACCAUUAUAAAUGGUUACGACUUGGUACCCACAUUAUCAGCUUCCUCUGUUGAUGAUCUCCGAUCUGAGGUUGCUGCGUCAUCUUGGAUGAGUGAUUUAUGGGAUCAGGCCGAGCAUACAAAGGUUCUGAAAGCCGUCCACAACUCAGCAACUGCACUUGGAUCUCACUUACAAUUCAUAUCUAGUGCAAAAGACAAGGUAGCUGGUGUAGGUGCUAUUCUACGGCCUGUGACCAGUGGCACCCAGGUUGUGAUGAAGCAUGCACAAAGUGUUGUCGAAGCUGUUGUCAAAACUAUGGCUUCACACCGUCAGAAUAUUGGACCAUUGCCAAAAUCUAAAUUAAAUAACUUGGCCGAAUCUUCUCUGGAACCCAAAAAUAUAAGUAAAUCUCUUUUGACUGAAAGUGUGCCUGUGCUGAAUAAGGAUGAACCAAACUACUCAAGUGGAAGAUCUGGACUUGAUGCCAUAGAUGAAGAGGAGCAACUGAUUGAUGCUAACGAGCACAUUACCUCUUCUGUUGUAAAUGACAUCACUGAAGGUGAAUUGUGGUAUGAGCUGGAGAAGGAACUUGAAAAACAGAACAAUAUCCUGAACAUUCGGGCGCAGGUAGAAGAGGCAGCUGCAGCAAAAGAGAUAACUGAGGAAGAGAAUCAGCUUAUUGAUGCUGCACAAGGCACCAGCAAUUCAAUCACGGCAUCUGACAAAGUAGAUAGCUAUCGUUUUUAUCCCCCAGGUAAAAUCAUGCACAUUGUCUCCACUCCUUCGUCAGAUGACUUUAGUUCAAGCUCCAUUGAGGAACAUGUCAAAUUAUAUGAAACACCUAGACAGCUUUAUAGCAAGCUCAGACUUUCAAGAACGAUGAUAAAUGAUCAUUACAUGCCCACAUAUAGGAAGAUGAUCCAACUAUUAAUCAGACAACUAGAGAAAGAUAUAAUGUGAAAUAGAAUACCAGUACAAAAAUACAAAAAUAAACAUCAAAUAAAUCACCACAAAAUGAUUAACAAUAUGGUCCAUUAUUAUUGUCUAACUUAUCUUCGCCAUAUGAAUUAAACUAUGCUCAAAUUGGCACGGGAUCUUCACAAAAAAUACACCGACACCCAAAAAGAAAAAAUAGUUUUCAAAUUUUUUAGAACUGGUAUAGAGCCGCUCCUAAGAGGAGAGGCUUCCAAAAAUUGACGGGCAAAUCCUAACCGAAGUAGGGCAGGACUCACCCGUCGUGUACUGUGUGUUCGAAAUAAUAGGUGUUGGCGCGACCCGCCGUCUCUAAACGAUCAUUAACGAAUCGCCUUUCACCCCCUGACAGGACAGGUUGGUUUCAACAUACCUGCUGUGGUUUAUUUAUAGUGAGCUCCCCACUCUUCAGUUUACAAAUCCUCUGAUGUGGGACUUGAAAACGUUAUUUUGUUUGUUAAAAACUUUAACACCAAUAUAAUUCCAAAU